AAAGCACUUCUCACAUGCCUUGCUGUGGGCCCCCAUCCUGUACAAACCCAAAUACAGGAAGUAGGGUCGGGACCGUGAGCAGUGCCCUUGAACUCCUGGGUCCUACACUCGUGGGUGCAGUGCAGUUACACAGUAUAUGUAGGACUGAAGGGAGGGGAGCCCUUGGGUCUGAUGUGGGUGCUUCCAUCGCUACUGCAGGAAAUGGGAAUUCCUCUCUGCCCCCCGUAACCCACUGGGGAGAGGGGGACGCACCCCGAAUUGGCAGGGAGAAAGAGGGAGCGGCGAAGUCCCCGACUGGGAUCAGGAAAGUGGAAAUCUCAAGGAGAGGGGAGGGAGGAAACAUCUACUGAAGUCCAGCGGCAGCCGGGCGGGCCCGCCCAUCUCCCUCUCAGGCUCCAGGAGCGAUCGCGUGGAGCGGCCCCAGCUGCGGGGCUGUGCCCGGGGAUCUGCCAGCUCCAGCGGCGAGAAGAACCUUUGGAGGUGAGGAGAUCUGAGGCUGGAAUCUCUACAGCUCUCUGGACUCUACCGCCUCCAGUUCAGACUCCGCGACAGUGAAAGGGGGAGCCCGGCCCAUGCACCAGUGUCCAUAGCGCAGCCUUUCGGAGAGAGGACACGGAGAUCGUUCUGAGGGGAAAAUGCAAAUGGAAGAGCGUCUUAGCGGCAAUGAAAACGCAGAGGGAGGAGGAGAGAAUUCUGUUCAGCAGCAACAGCAGCUGACGGAGCCUCUUAAUUGUAAUGGACACCUGGACAGAGGAGACGAAGCAGGUGAUUCAUGUAACCGCAAGUUCAAGAAACGUGCUCCUCUAGUUGGCGUCUUCGUAAUUUUGAUCACUAUCAUCAUUGUUCUGGCUGGAGUAAAGUUUUCAGGUUGCCCUGAUCCUCCGGUUGCUGCCCACUGCUGCCCAGACGGCUGGGUCGGGUAUGGAGGGAAAUGCUACUAUUUCUCCGAGGCCGAAGGGACCUGGAACAACAGCCAGAGCAACUGCUCCUCCUUCGGUGCCUCCCUGGCUGCGAUCGACACCCCGCAAGAAAUGGCUUUUAUCAAGCGCCAUAAGGGCCUCUCUGAGCACUGGAUCGGCCUCCGGAGGGAACCGGGCCAGCCCUGGAAAUGGACCAACGGCACCGAAUUCAAUCGCUGGUUUGAAGUCAGAGCACAGGGUGAGUGCGCGUAUCUGAACGACGAUGCCGUCACCUCUUCUUGGUGCGACACGGUGCGAUACUGGAUCUGCAGCAAGCCUGCCGGACGUACGGCGUGAGAGGAGAAUGGAGCGCAAGGGCAAGCGGAGACGUCAGAGCUCAACUGAAGUGGCUACUGUAUGCACAGGGACACACGCACCCCCGUCCCGACUUUUCUACCUAACGUAUUUGUAUCAAUUUAGAUGGAACGUGACACAUUUUUUUAAAAUGCACUUUAUGUUUUUACGGCAGCAGGGGGGUGGGGGCGGUAGUGACGUGCUGUAUCGUGUUUCUGGGCAAGUGAAGGUGGUCCAGAGCCUCUCCGCAUCUGCUUUUUCCUCAGUGGUACGAAGAUUUCAGCAAAAAGAAGAACAGGAGUACUUGUGGCACUUUAGAGACUAACAAAUUUAUUAGAGCAUAAG